AGAUGAUGACGAAGUAGAAGGGGAUGGAGACCACCGUGGAGAAUCAAAAGCAGACAACCUCAGAGCUCCACUUUCAGACAGUGACGACAUAACGUCGCACUCUUCUGACGCUGAUGAGCAUCCUAAAGGUGAUAUGACAUGUCACACUGACAACAAACGCGUGAAAUGUUCUCAGUGUGACAAAACCUUUGUCAACAAGCUAUUGUUGAAAAGACACACGAGAACGCACGCUGGAGACAAAUAUUUUCUCUGCUCAGUCUGCAACUUAGGUUUCGGCGAACGUUCCGAGUUAGUUCUACAUAUGAGCUUACACACUGGGGAGAAACAGUUUGAAUGCUCGGUUUGCGGCAACAGAUUUUCGUUAAAGGGACAUUUAAUCGCACAUACAAGAACGCACACUGGGGAGAAACCUUUUGCCUGCUCAGUUUGUGGUAAAAGAUUCACUGAGAAGGGACAACUGGGAACUCAUGCAAGAACACACACUGGAGAGAAACCUUUUGUCUGCUCAGUUUGCGGUAAAAGAUUCACUCAGAAGGGACAUUUAGAAACACACACACGAACCCACACUGGAGAGAAGCCUUUUGCCUGCUCAGUCUGCACCUUAACUUUCAGUGACGGUUCAGUAUUGGUCAGACACAUGAGAACACAUACUGGAGAGAAACAGUUUUCAUGCUCAGUUUGCGGUAAAAGAUUCACUCAAAGAUCAUAUUUGACAACGCAUUCAAGAACACACACUGGCGAGAAACCAUUCAGUUGCAGGGUGUGCGAUAAAAGAUUCCAUGCCAAGCUUCAGCUUAAGAGACAUAAGUGUGCUGGGGAAAAGAGUAACAGUAAAUGAAGCUUGAACGAAAUUGACUUGUUGUAGCAUGCUGUUAAAGUGUAGAUGUGAUCCUAAAUAAAAUCUGCGGUGAUCUAUUGGAGGAGGAUCAGUGGUUCCUCGAUUACAGCUGGUCUGUGGAGCCUCCUCGAUCCUCGGUGCACACUUAAAACGAAUGAGAACCUCGACAAUACGGCGGCUUGAGAAUGACUACCGGGUUGCUGUCAAAGCAUCGAGGAUGAUUGAUUGUGGAUCACUCCCUUAUCCACUGCAUAGUGAGUUCACCAUUUUGUUGUGUUGGUCGCAUGAGUAGUGAUGAUAUACUGCAGGUGAGCCCCUUUAUCAGGGGUGUCCAAACUUUUUCUUCCAAGGCCCGCCUAUGGAAAAAUUGGGAGGAAAGGGCCACUUUUGACAUCUUUAUUUAACACACUAAAACAAUCCAUCAGUGUAGGUCAAGCUAAGCGAAGCUAAUCUAAUUUAUUUUUAUGUAUACUGUGUAUUUGAAAAAAAAAAAAAACCCAUAAAGGC